AUGCUUAUCACUAUAGAGAAUCCAAACUAUGAAAACUUUGAGUACCCAAACGCCACUGGUUAUGUCAAAUUUCUUGACACCGUUGUGGGCCAAGUUCCAAUUGUGGGAGAGUUGGUCCCACCACGUAGCCAGAUUAAUGUGAACACUUCGGCAAAUUUUAUGGUAUCAAAGUUAAUCAAUGAUCCCAAUUUUCUGUCAGAUUUUCUUAGUGGAAUUGUGAAUUUCACAUCAACAGCUUCACUGCCCGGGAAAGCGCAUAUGCUAAAGAUUAUCAAAUUCAAGGCCACAGUUUAUAGCUUAUGUGACAUCUCUAUUAAUAUAACCUCUCGCAAUGUUGAUUCCAAUUGCAUAUCCAAGAUCAAGCUUUGA